AUGCCUUUUCAGCCGCCAACCAGGGAGGAGCUUUCUCCCUCUGAUACCUUCGCCGACGACCGACGAAGCAGCCGGCGUUGCCCUCCUCCUCUCCUCUACCUCCUUUUCAUUCCAACGCCGCCACCGGAAAAAGGGGAGCGGUUCAUGCCUGGGGUUUCCGCCGCCGACACCAAGCAGAGGGAUGAUGCUGCAAGAAAAAAAGGCUUGUCACCACUACAAAAAUGCAUGGUUGUGAUUCGCCAAUUGUCUUAUGGAGCCCCAGCCGACCAUCUUGAUGAGUACCUACGCAUGGGUGAAUCAAUCGCCAUCAAGUGUCUGUUCAAGUUCUGCGGUUAUGUGGUUGAACUAUUUGGUGAUCGAUACUUGAGAAGGGCAAAUGCUGAUGAUGUUCAACGUCUUCUUCAAAUGCAUAAUGAGAGGCACGACUUCCUUGGAAUGUUGGGCAGCCUUGAUUGCAUGCAUUGGAAAUGGAAAAACUAUCCAGUUGCUUGGAAAGGCCAGUUUACAAGAGGUCAUGGAUCACCAACAAUCAUACUUGAAGCGGUCGCGUCUCAAGACUUGUGGAUAUGGCAUGCAUUCUUUGGUGUCGCAGGUUCACAUAAUGAUAUUAAUGUGUUGUACGAAUCUCACAUAUUCAAUAAUGUCUUGCAAGGAAAUGCCCCGGAGAUUAAUUUCACGGUCAAUGGGACUCAAUAUACAAUGGGGUAUUAUCUAACAGAUGGAAUAUAUCCAGAAUGGACUACUUUCGUGAAGGCUUUUCGUUGCCCGGAAGAUCCCAAGAGGAGGUUGUUUAAGGAAAGACAAGAGGCUGCAAGAAAAGAUGUUGAACGAGCAUUUGGGGUGCUCUAA